AUGACUCCUUUCAAGCAUUUACAGAUUAUUGGAGGCUCCGAGGCCCAGGAACAAACCCUGGAUGUUUUGAUCGGGUUGAAGCCUUGGUUACAAGGAAAUGCCAAAGUGGGAGAUGCGGAUGAGAAUGGGAUUAUUCAGAUCUGGACAGAUCAGAUUGAUCAAGCGACUUUGGGGAUUCGUCGAUUAAUUUAUGAGGGUUGUGCCCAGUACGCACUUAUACAUACAACACGAGCAGCUGAAACACCUCAGAAUCUUCCAUAUGCACUAUAUACCGCUUUACAAGUUGAUGAAUCACCUGCCGUGGAUGAAGUGGUGUUAAGUACUGGACAAUCCAUCUGGGUUGAAGAACCAGCACUUCUGGGUCGGGACAUGAUAUUCUUAAUUGUCCAACCUAUUUACCCAACACGAAUGCAUCUGAAGGGAACUCGAAGUGAAAUCUUGGAUACCUGUUUUGACGAGGAUGAGAUUACGUUAGAUGUGCGAAGAAUGGCACAUGAUAUCCGAUGGUAUCGAAGUAUUGUGCGAAGCAACAAACUGGACUAUGUCUGUCCGUCAUGCAAGAAGGGGUAUCAUGAGCGAUUUCAACUGGCGGAACAUUUUAAGAAGAGUACGGAUUCGGAAGUGGAUAAUGAGAGACAUAGUAAGUUGCGCAUGAUUAAGAGGAAUGGGGAUUGGAAGACGUUUGUGCAGGGAAUGGAGGAGUCGUUAGGUCCUAUUCAGGCUCAGACGUUGAGAGAUGGGACUGCAUGUUUUGAGGAGGAUUUUUUGAGGCAGAUCAGCUAUAAGGCUUAUUGUGAUGGAACUCAGAGAAAAGAUUCAGGGUAUCAAAAACAUGCAUUUGGGUCACAAGUAUUGGAGGGCUGGGCCUCUGUUAUAACGCCCGAGAGGAAGGACAAAUCUAUUUCUCGCAGUCAGGCAUCCACCGUGCGAACUCGGUGCUCCUAA